AUGGGAGCCGGGGCCAGUGCCGAGGAGAAGCAUUCCCGAGAGCUGGAGAAGAAGCUCAAGGAAGACGCUGAGAAGGAUGCCAGGACCGUCAAGCUGCUGCUGCUGGGAGCAGGGGAGUCGGGGAAGAGCACCAUUGUCAAGCAGAUGAAGAUCAUCCACCAGGACGGUUACUCGCUGGAGGAAUGCCUGGAGUUCAUUGCUAUCAUUUACAGCAACACGCUCCAGUCCAUGCUGGCCAUCGUGCGGGCCAUGACCACCCUCAACAUCCAGUACGGGGACACAGCUCGCCAGGAUGAUGCCCGUAAGCUGCUGCACCUCUCGGACACCAUUGAGGAGGGGACCAUGCCGAAGGAGAUGUCAGAAAUCAUCGGGCGGCUCUGGAAGGACUCGGGCAUCCAAGCCUGCUUUGACCGCGCCUCCGAGUACCAGCUCAAUGACUCUGCGGGCUACUACCUGUCAGACCUGGAGCGCCUGGUGACCCCCGGCUACGUCCCCACAGAGCAGGACGUGCUGCGUUCCCGUGUCAAGACAACUGGCAUCAUCGAGACCCAGUUCUCCUUCAAAGACCUCAACUUCAGGAUGUUCGACGUGGGCGGACAGCGCUCAGAGAGGAAGAAGUGGAUCCACUGCUUUGAGGGUGUGACCUGCAUCAUCUUCAUCGCGGCUCUCAGUGCCUACGACAUGGUCCUGGUGGAGGAUGACGAAGUGAACCGCAUGCAUGAGAGCCUGCACCUCUUCAACAGCAUCUGCAACCACCGCUACUUUGCCACCACCAGCAUUGUCCUCUUCCUCAACAAGAAGGACGUUUUCCUGGAGAAGAUCAAGAAGGCCCAUCUCAGCAUCUGCUUCCCCGACUAUGAUGGUCCCAACACCUACGACGAUGCGGGCAACUACAUCAAGCUGCAGUUCCUGGAGCUGAACAUGCGGCGGGACGUGAAGGAGAUCUACUCCCACAUGACCUGCGCCACCGAUACCGAGAACGUCAAGUUCGUCUUUGACGCCGUCACUGACAUCAUCAUCAAGGAGAACCUCAAGGACUGCGGGCUGUUCUGA